AUGGCCGAUCCAACUGGCACAGCUGGCACCGCCCUCGGCGCGACCAGCCUCUUUCUCCAAAUAUUCCAAGGCUGCGUCGACGGUUUUUCUGUCUGGCAAAAGGGCGAGACGCUAGCCUCCGAUGCGCUUAUCUUCAAAGCUCGUCUUGAGAUGCAGGCUGCGCGAUUCAAAGCUUGGGGUUUGGACUGGGGAUUUGACAGGGGACCCGAUGCAGCUUGUUGGAGAGAUGAUCGCUUCAUCGAGAACGGCGACCUUGCUGUGAAAUACGUCGUUAUCAUUCACGGCUUCUUGGACUCGUUGGGCGAACUAUCACAGGAGUUCCCGGCGUUGGCGUCUGCGGAGAAUGUACCUAUUUCGGCGGCGACUUCGCUUGGGGCCAUGCUCCGAAUGGCAUUCAAGGACUCUCAAGAGCGGGAAGAGUGGGCGAAGAAGCUUGAAGCGAUGCGCGAUGAGGCUAAAGUGUCGGAGAAGCUGCGGUGGGCUCUCAAAGAAGGGGAGAUCACAAAGACACUCGAGCUUCUCGAGUCGAUGAUUGAUGAUCUCUGCAAGUUCUUCAAACCGCCUGAGAAUGACCCUGUCGCUAUGCAAGUUGCUAAUUCUCUACUCUCAUCGCUCAAUAUCUCUAAGCUCAACGCUGUCGCUGCGGGUGCUCCCGAUGACUCGAUGCUGCAGAGUCUAGCCCUUCUCAAGGUCAUGGUCCUGCAGCUUCAACUCGGUGCUCGUAAUGCAGAGAAGGUCGAUGAGAAAGAUCGGUCACUACGUGAGACGGGGCCGCUUGAUGGGCGAACAAAACGGUCAACUGGUGUCUUCCGGAAGGGAGUCACUUCCACAGAUGUCCUGGUAGAGUGGAAACUCAUCGAUGGCUCUCAUAUCCCUCCUGGACAUACUGCAGCAACAUAUCGUGCGAUGGCUGGAAAUCGUAUCAAGAAUCUGGCGCGUCUCCUGAAAUGGAGUUCUAGGCUUGAAGAUCUCAGAACAUUGGACUGCAUCGGCGUCAUCACACGAGACGGACUCUCCGACGACGAAGUCCGCUACGGAAUCAUCUUCUGCGUGCCGACCAAGAAGUACACAACACUAAAGGCUAUUCUUGAGGGGUCUCAGGACAACGUCUAUCUUGAUGACUGGUUCAAAGUCGCGAAGAGCGUGACACGAGCGGUGUUGUGUUUGCACCUGGCAGGCUGGCUGCACAAAGGGCUAAGCAGCGAGAACAUUCUGUACUGUCAAGAUGACGCGGGCGACAUCUCCUUCGAAGAGCCGUAUUUAGCCGGUUUCGAGUACAGUCGAGAGAUUUCAGCCCCAGGACAAACAGAGGGCGUGACAGAUGACCUCGAAGCGAACCUAUACCGACAUGAAGAAGUCCAAGGCGUACCCGAGGAGCCUUCACAGGAUGGUCAAGGUAAACCAACCAAAACUCCUUUUUCAAUGAAGCACGAUAUCUAUAGCAUCGGUAUUCUUCUGCUCGAGCUCGGCCUCCAAAAGCCAAUUAUCCAGUUGUAUGAAGAAGCCAUCCAGGCCGAGAAUUACGAGCAUUCCGCCGCUGCGUUUCGGAAAUGGGUAUUGACCGAGGCACUGCCGAAACUUGGACGAUCGAGAGGAAAGGAGUACAUGAGGGCUGCAGAGUUAUGUCUAAGAUCAGAGUUUGAAGGGGCCUCGACGGACGAGCUUCAACAAGCGUUCUACAAGAGCGUCGUAAGGCCUAUAAGUGGCUCUUGGGGGAGGUGAAGGGUGAAACAGGAAAAGUCUGCCGUCGCACUACUACUUGGCGGGUCUGUUCUACCACUACUAGAAGCGUCCGACUUUCUUAAGGACAACUACAUGGUGCUUAAUCCCGAACGAGCCACGUUUCGGUACACAGUGGGGAUGAUCUUAAACAGUUGACUUACCCUGGUUACCAAGUUGUUGAUGUGCACUACAUUGUUUGCGGAGAGGCUAAAAAGUUUUGCUGCGUAUCAGUACGGCGUGGUUGAGCUUUUGACAGGGGUGACUAAAGGCCAGGCUAGAGUACACAAUAUCAAGAGCGGUAAUGUUCCUGACUUGGCGCAAUGGAUGACGUCGUCGGCAUCAUCAAGAGUAUUAUUAUCACUUCAUAAC